AUGAAUUAUGGACCGACAUCAUCACAAUAUAGAAAAAUAAAUGGAGUGCCGAUACCCCAGCCACAAACCAAUAAACAGAAUAAUCUUCAACAACAACAACAACGAAAUAAUCCAAAUAUAACUUCAAAUAAUUCCAGCAUACAGCAGCAACAACAACAACAAAAGCAACAAAUGUAUAUUCCAUCUUCAUCUUCUUUAACCCAAACAAUUCCUACAAAUAAUCCACUUUUACCAACAAAUAGUCAUUCACAUCAUCAUCAUCAUCAACCAGGAUCAAUACCCAAUCAAUUACCAACAGUUCCACAACCUGCAUUAAUGGCAUCGAAUUCAAUUUUAACUUUAGGUCCGUUUAAACAUCGUAAAGAUUUAACAAGAGAAUCAGUACUAUCUACUUAUCAAAUUAUGGGUUAUAUUGCAGCAGGAACUUAUGGAAAAGUAUAUAAAGCUAAACUACGAGGUAAUAUCAAAAAAGAAGAAGAGAAUAAUAAUAUAGGUAAUAAUGUUAAUGGAAGUAGCUCGAGUAAUACUGAAGAUCUUGAGAGCAAGACAGAUUUAGUAAUAAAUUCAACAACGUCGUCGAAUACAUCAACAUUAACUGCAGCAACUACUACACCCACUACUGAUUCAAGCCAUUCAAAAACAAAAAAAGAUGACGAGGCAUUACCACAAUUUUAUGCAAUUAAAAAAUUUAAAAGUGAUAAUCAUGCAUCAAAUAAUAAUAUGAAUUCAAAUUUAAAUAUGAAUAAAAAUAUAGAUAAUGACAUUACUCAUUAUACUGGUAUAUCACAAAGUGCAAUUAGAGAAAUGUCAAUAUGCAGAGAAUUAAAUAAUAAAAACAUCACUAAACUAAUAAAUAUCAUAUUGGAAAACAAAAGCAUAUAUAUGAUUUUUGAAUUUUGUGAACAUGAUCUUUUACAAAUUAUACAUUAUCAUUCACAUCCAGAAUUAAAACCAAUUCCUAUUCAAACAAUAAAAUCAUUAACUUGGCAAAUAUUAAAUGGUGUUACUUUUUUACAUAAAAAUUGGAUUUUUCAUAGAGAUUUAAAACCAGCAAAUAUAAUGGUUACAUCAAAUGGAUGUGUUAAAAUUGGAGAUUUAGGAUUAGCUAGAAAAUUUAACAAUCCAUUACAAAGUUUUUAUACUGGUGAUAAAGUUGUUGUUACUAUAUGGUAUAGAGCACCUGAAUUAUUAUUAGGUACAAGACAUUAUACACCAGCUAUUGAUCUUUGGGCUGUUGGAUGUAUAUUAGCUGAAUUAUUAUCACUAAGACCUAUUUUUAAAGGAGAAGAAGCUAAAAUUGAUAUAAAUAAUAAAAAAUCAGUACCUUUUCAAAAAAAUCAAUUUCAAAAAAUUAUAGAAAUAUUAGGUACUCCAAAUCUUAAAAAUUGGCAAAAUUUAAAUAAAUAUCCUGAAUUUAAUUCAUUUAUACAACAAUUGAAUCAAAAUUAUUCAUCAAAUUUAUCUCAAUGGUAUAAAAUGAUUGGUGGUGAAAAUAAACAAUGUUUAGAAUUAUUAUAUGGAUUAUUAAAAUAUGAUCCAGAUAUAAGAUUAACUGCAGAUCAAGCUUUAUUACAUCAAUUCUUUUUGGAAUUACCUAAAGUGAAAGAAAAUGCUUUUGAUGGUUUAAAUUUUAAAUAUCCUAAUCGAAAAAUUUAUUUUGAUGAUAAUGAUAUUAAUCAAGGAAAUAAUCAAAAUAAUCAACAGAAUAAUAAUAGUGGGACUGGACAAAAUGUUACUAAUAAUCAAAAUAAUCAAGCGGUUGCUAAUUCUGGAGUAAAACGUAAUAAUAAUGGAUUUGAUGAAGGUAAUGGUACUAAAAGAAAAAGAGGUUAA